AUGCAGCACUUUGCAAACCCACUUCUCAGGCACGUAAUUCACGGGGGCUGUUUUGAUGCUGCUUCAAAGAGGCAGUGCCUGCAGUAUUUGAAAGCACUGAGGGCCCUGCAGCAUAAUGGUUUCAACACCGUUUUUUUAGGGGAAACAGAUAUUCCAGAAAGUCUUAUAACAGGAUUAAAAACAUCCAAGGAGGCCAGCCUGCGCUGGCCGGUAUGGACACUUCUUCACGCUGGCAGCAGCCAAGGGUGGGUGCCCUGGAGAUUCAAACUGCUCUUAAGAGGUGAUCUGCCCAUCCGUCGGCAGAACGGUAUCUUUCAGGAGCUGUGCGAUUCUCUGACCUCCUCCUACGGCAAGUGCGUCAUUGUGACGAGGGACAAAAGGCAGCCAAUGCAUGUGGGGACAAAAGACGUCAAGGAGCCGGAGCCAGGAAUUCUGCCGCCAGCCCCACCAGCGAUCUGCAUGUCCAGCACCGAGUGUUGCCCUGACGUUGCUAGAGCCAAUGGCCAUGAGCUUCUUGUCGUGCCUUCGUCUUACAACUCUCUCUAUCCUAUGGAUGUCGCCUGGUCUUCCUUGAAAUGGUUUAUUAUAAACAACAGGAAGGACUUUGCCCUGAGGUCUAUUGAAAGGACCCACUCCUAUAGGUGUAUCUUCUUCAGUGACUUGAUUGUUCAAGGAAUAGAGAAGAUGACCCCAAACAAAUGGAAAGUAGUGAUUAACAGAGUGAAGAGAUGGGAGAACUAUUACCUUGACACAUUCUUAAACGGCUCUUCCUUAGCAAGUCCUCAAACGUGUUUCGAAUGA